GUCCGUGAAGGCAGCAGCAGCAGCGCGCGGAUAAAGAAACAAACAUGGCCGAAGCGGUGUCCGACAGCGAGCAGCCGGCAGCGAAGCCGGCGCCCAAACGCCGACGCAUCCUCGACCCCUCGGCGAUCGUCUCGGUUCCCGUUUACUCCAACAAGGUGAGCAGCAGUCUGCAGCUGAAGCCAACGGCAGACAUGUUCACCGGAAAAGAAAACUCAGACGACGUCGCAGACGACGCUCUGUGGUCGCCGUUCUCGUCUCCGACGCGGAGCUCCGGCGACGUUGUCGUCGGCCUCAGCGACUCCGAGGACGAAGCCGACCGCGUGGAGACCAAAACGGAGCCAGCAGCCAUGCGCUGCCCGUCUCCUCCGCAGAGUCCGGUCCAGAAACAGUCCAGACAGGUCCAGAGGAAGAUCAGCGAGAUUGACAGGAAGCUCCGGGCAGUGAACUCCCCCU